UUGACAGUCGCCACCAGAAGUCCUGUUGUUCGGUUGCAAUUAAUCGUCGGACGAAGAUUCUGCUCGCAACAACAACGGGGUUUUUUUUGGUUCUUUUCACCUCUGGACAGGAAAACAAACAAGGAAAACAGGAACAACACAUUUUGGAAGGUUUCUUUUUACCCUUAAUAAUACUUAUAAUCCGUAUUUUGUUCCGAGAGACCAGGAAAAAAUUUUGACGUUUCUAUCUCACAUGUGUCUUCGCUUUCGCUACUUUCAUUUUGUUGAUAUUAAUUGCUAUUAAUUGAUAUAAAUUGAGAUAAAUUGAUAUCUGAAUAUAUUAUUGUCAUUUUAAAUAUUUGUGUGACUUUAAAAAACUGUACAUGAACUCUAUCACAUCUUGGUGUGUGCUUCUAUAACAAUUUUCUUUGAUAUUCGAUCGUUUUACUCAUUCAUCUAUCGUCACCAGUCUCUUCAUUAAAAAGCAGCAAUAACGAAACUACUACAACUAAUAAUAAUAAUAAUAGUAAUAAUAUAUUUAUUUAUUUCUUUACUUUGCAUCCCGAAUCAACGAUGAUUGUGGAAUGGAGCCGGAUCCUCGUUAAUUGGAUGCAAGACACUGUGCGAUGGAUAUACCUGCAACUGAAGUACACCAUUUCCAAGAUUCUAAUUUCCAUCACCAUCUUCAUAGCUCUUCUAUGGGUAGCCCUGUUCGUCUAUGGCAGCUUCUAUUACGUCUACAUGCCGAGUGUGUCGCACGAACGUCCCUGUAACUUUGUGUUUGAUGUGUGCGACAACGGCGUCGGCGUGUGUUCGUUUCCCAAGGCCCGUGUCGAUCUUACGGACGAAAGCAAUCGUUACGUGCUCUCCUCCGGUCAGGCCUACAAAAUUAUGUUGGUUCUCGAAAUCCCCGAAUCCACAGUCAACCAGAAGACUGGUAUGUUUUUGGUGAAAGCCCAUUUCUACAACCAGUCCAAUCACUAUAUACAAUCGGCAGCGAAGACAACUAUGUUACGGUAUAGGUCGAGUUUAUUGCACACCAUGUCGACUCUCUUCUAUCUGCCGUUCCUCAUCACCGGGGCCAACGAAGAAAAGCAAAUUUUACACGUUGAACUGUUCUCCAAGUAUACAGAAGACCCGUACAACCGCGCAGUGGGAGUAGAUUUCUUAAUAUUACAUCGACACGUCCAACUGUAUUCGGCUGUUGUGAAGAUAUACGCCCAUUUCACGGGUUUGCGUUAUCUCAUGUUCAACUGGCCUGUAAGUUGUGCCGUGGCCGGCACAGGAAUCAUAUUGACUCUCCUAAUAUUGUGCGCACUCUUCGCCUGGUAUAAUUACUUCAACAGUGGUUACAUAUUGCAACCGAGUAGCCACAGGAUGUUGCUUGAAGAGCGCCGACGACACAUGCACGCUCGGCUUCUCCUCGAGGGCCGCCCCACACCGAAUCCUCAUACGUCGGUUCCGAACAUCGAUACGUCUCAGCGAGCAUUUCAAGUCAGUUCUGUUGAAUUGUCGACAGUUAGCAGAGAUUUGUCUGAGACUGUCCAUCGUGAACUUCCUCCAUCUGCUGAGUCUAUUGGUUCCACUGUAACAACUUUGUCUCUCCAUAAUGUAUCGUCAUCGUCUACAACUGGCUCCGCCGACGAAUGCACCACCACCAUCCAUUCCAACUCUUCAAACGACUUGGCAGAUGAAAAUACUUCUUGCUUCGGCAAUUCAGACCCUCAGAAAAAUGCUCGUUCCUCGAACGAAGGUGAUUUUGAACUUCGACAAAGACAUACAGCUUCGUCUCCUUAUUCUUCCAGUUGAUCUGGAGUUGGAAGGGGAUAUGGAGAAAAACAGUAAGAAACAAGAAGAGUAAAAAUAGAAAAAAUCUCCCUGGAAAAGACUGACAAAGGGGAAAAUUUCACACUUUCCUUUUGUUUUAGGAAGUUUGAAAAUUGCCUUUUUGGUUCAAAGAAGCCGAAAAAAAUUGAACAUUAAAAAUAAUUAUCGAAAAUUCCAGCUGGAAAGCAAAACAUUACAAAGAUCUGGUUAUUUAUUUUAUUAUAGAUUUAUGUUUAUAGUUUGUUUUCCUUUCUUCUUACCUUGUUUCUGUUGCUCUUUUCAUAAACACAUUUAUUGUGGUUUAAAACUGACGAACAAAACGGGUGAUGCUAGUUGAGCUGGCGAUUAAUUCAGUUGAUUAAAACCAUUUAACUUUUAUGAUGGUUUGGGGGGGGGAUGCUUGAACGGCGGCACAAUACCCCUAUUUCCUACACCUGUCAUGAAUGAAACAACAAAUUAAUCUUA